AUGGCUGAAAAUCUGGAUACCGAACAAAUCAAAGAUUGGCGAUCAAUAAUCACUCUGAUUAUUUUUGUUCUCACUAAUAUUGUCGUACUGUUUCCUUUCCAUAUCCCAUUCUACAUCCCCCGAUGGCUUCACAACGCAGUCCUGGAUGGAUUAGCGGCUUUACGAAUAAUACGUCGUCGCGAAAUCCCCCACAAAAAUAACGGCAAGCCGAGUUUGCUUGUAAGGCUGAACCUUCCUCUGAACUUUGUCACAGCGCCGUUGAUAGCGGACUUGUUUCUACUCGCAAUUUUGGCUAUCGGGCGACAGGAAGUUCAUGACGGGACUGUUGGCGCAGAUGGAAUUUCACCAAUCGACAUUUUGGUAUUUUUUCUCACAUUGGCUUAUAUCGCCAUUUCGAUCGACGCUUCUGGCCUCAUCCGAUAUUUGGCUUUCAAGGUACUCCAAAAAGGUGACGGGGUGGGCCAUCGACUCUUCUUCUACCUCUACACAUUCUUCUUCGCGCUGGGAAGCUUUAUCGGAAAUGAUCCCAUCAUUUUAUCCGGUACGGCCUUCCUCGCUUACAUGACACGCGUGUCUAGUAAUAUCGUUCAUCCAAGAGCUUGGAUACAUAGCCAGUUCGCCAUCGCUAAUAUCGCAUCCGCAAUCCUGGUGUCCUCCAACCCGACAAAUUUGGUUCUGGCGGGCGCUUUCAACAUCAAAUUCCUCGUGUACACAGUGAACAUGAUCGUACCGGUAGUGGUGACUGCUAUAGUGGUUUUCCCAUUCCUGCUUUAUAUCAUUUUCGCCGAUGAAUCUUUGAUUCCGGUGACGAUUGAAAUGCAUGAGCUCCCAGAGGAAGCCAGGGGCAAACCCCCCAAGGAGGAGGUAAACGAAGAGAAUGGAACCCUUCUCUCGCUGGAAGAAAUUAUGAACCCUUUCCUGGACAAGGGAGGUGCGGCUUUUGGCGCCGUCAUCAUGGCUGCGACCCUCAUCACCAUCCUUGCUAUCAACGCCGCUAGCAAUUCCGGCCACGACCGUCCCGUUUUCUGGGUUACAUUACCUGCCGCAUUCGUGAUGCUCUGCUGGGAUCUCGGGACAGGUUGGAUUCAUCGACAUGAGACACGCCGGAUUGCUGCCGUGGGCCGACAACAACAUGAGGCCGUAAAAGCUGAACGUGAACAUCGGAAAUCACUCCGAAAUUCCCCGGAACAAAACGCCCAGGAGAACAUCGAAGAACGGCAGCCUAUAACAACCGAUUUCUUCUCGAAGAGUUUGAAAAUAACCAGUCAGCCCGAUGCUAUAAAGAUUACCAUGGACACAAAACCUUCGCGUGACUGCGACGAGACAUCGCUUCCAGCACCGAUUUUAGGCGAGAAAAACCCAUUCCCUGAAGUCCAGUCUCCGAGUUCAGUCUCAAAGGCUAGUGGAAAACUGGAUGUCACCACUCAACUAGAAAAGGCCCAGUCACAUGUUACCAAUGUGUCACUCUGUGAAACUGCCUAUGUCUGGCUACAAGAGACAUUUCCAACUGUCACAGUCGUGCUUUCACACCUUCCCUUUCCACUGGUUCCGUUUGCCUUGGCCAUGUUUGUACUUGUGCAAGCUUUGGUUACCAAAGGAUGGGUUCCUGUAUUUGCGUAUGGAUGGGACCAUUGGGUUGAGAAGACCGGAACAGUCGGCGCAGUUGGUGGUAUGGGCUUUUUGUCUGCGAUCCUUUGCAAUUUCGCCGGGACAAAUAUUGGUACAACAAUUCUCCUUUCUCGUGUCGUUCAAGCCUGGCAAGAAAUUCAUCAUGUCAGCGGUGUUCCUAUCAGUGACCGUACCUUCUGGGCCACGGUGUAUAGCAUGGCACUUGGCGUCAACUAUGGCGCGUUCAGCACGGCCUUCAGUGCGUCGCUAGCUGGUCUUUUGUGGCGCGAUAUACUUGCAAGAAAAUACAUUCGUGUGGGUAGCAUCGAGUUUGCGCGCGUCAACCUUCCUAUUAUCGCGAUCGCUAUGGCGGUUGGAUGUACCGUUUUGAUUGGGGAGGUUUAUAUAAUGAGGAAAGAAACGCCAUAUGAUGCUUGA